UUUGGUGAAAUGAAAAUCAUUAGAUGAAGGUUUACACACAGGGAUUGGUUAUAACACGUUUUACAGUGGUGUGACAUUCAUUCAGCUGUACUGGGAAAGAGAAACAAAUGCAGUUCUUACAAACUCUCAUAACAACAGGACUGAUUCACAUUCAAUGCCGAGCUGAAGUGUACAGAGUGAAGACCAGACCCUAAAGAGUGAAGACCAGACCAUAAAGAUGGAGACCCAGACCCAAAAGAGUGAGGACCAGACCAUAAAGGUGAAUGUGACUCUGGAUCCUGAUUCAGCUCAUCCAGAUCUCAUUGUGUCUGAUGAUGGGAAACAAAUGAGAUAUGAAUACAAAGUUGUGGAGGAUGGAGAAAAAGAGCAAAAUAACACAUAUUUUUGUGUUCUUGGAAAGCAAGGAUUCACCUCAGGAUGUUUUUUCUAUGAGCUGCAGGUGAAGGGGGAAAGGUGGUUUGUGGGUGUGGCCAAAGACUCUGUUAAAAGGGAGGGCGAGAUCUGUCUCAAUCCUAAGAAUGGAUUCUGGACCAUGGGAAGAAGAGAUGGGAUGUAUGUGGUCUGUGAUGAUCCAUAUAUUCCUCUGAAUGUGAAGCCUCAGAAAGUUAGGGUGUCUGUGAAUUAUGAGGAGGGUCGGGUGUCUUUUUGUGAUGAGUCUAUGUGUCAUAUCCACUCUUUCACUGAUCAAUCUUUUCAUGAAAAGCUAUAUCCUUUUUUUUCUUUGGCUCAAGAUUAGUCUAAAAAGUCAGAUGUAUCACUUAUCAUCUGUAAGAUCUGACAUCACAUUAGAUCUGAUCUGAUAUAAAAAAAAUCUCCCACUGAGAGGGAAUCAAAGCCUUAAAGAUAUUCAAUAUUUUGUGAUAAUGCAUCUUUCGUGUAUAAUUGAAAAAUAAACUGACUAAUGAUUUGAAAUUUUAUUUUCACUACAAUCUUUUUGCAAGACUGCCAAUAUUAAAAUUAAAAGGCAAAUGUGAAUAAAGAAAGAGGUCACCGAGGUCAGGAA